UAUUUGCGUUUAUGGCGAGUUGGUGAAGAGAACGGAGCACGCAUUGAGGUAUUACUGAACAAUAACAGAAGUAGUGAAUAUUGCGCACCUCUAACGUCGUUCGAUUGGAAUGAUGUUGAUAUAUCUUUAAUUGGAACAUCAAGUAUCGAUACCACUUGCACGAUAUGGCAAAUUGAAACGGGUCAAGCGAUUGGAUGCUAUCGAACCACCGAAGGAAGCGUCAAAACACAGUUGAUAGCACACGACAAGGAGGUGUUCGAUAUAGCAUUCUCGAGACUGGGUAACGGUCGUGAGGUGUUCGCGAGUGUUGGUGCAGACGGUAGUGUGCGCAUGUUCGAUCUGAGACAUCUGGAGCAUUCAACAAUCAUAUUCGAAGAGCCGAAUCGUGUGCCUUUGCUGAGAUUGGCUUGUAAUAAGCAAGACCAUAACUAUAUCGCCACUUUUGCACAAGACUCCAAUGAGGUGAUAAUAUUGGAUGUUCGUAUUCCGUGUACACCAGUGGCCAAACUGAAUAAUCAUCGUGCUACCGUGAACGGUAUGGCAUGGGCACCGCAUUCAUCUUGUCACAUUUGCACUGCUGGUGAUGAUAAUCAAGCACUCAUAUGGGAUAUCCACUCAAUGCCGAGGCCAGUGGAUGACCCUAUUCUCGCCUAUCAAGCCGGAGGAGAGGUGAAUCAAGUGCAUUGGGCGGCUGCGUUUCCUGAUUGGAUUUCAAUAUGUUAUAAUCAGUGGCUGGAGAUCUUACGAGUGUAA